UGGUUCUACAUUUAUUGUUUGUGUACGUGCAGUGCAGUAGUUUCUGUACGAAAAGAUGUGAAGUUAAGGAAAUCCCGUCGCACGCUUUGUUAUCAGUCAAUGGAAAUGCGAUCAAAUUGCAUUGACAUGCAAAUUCUCAGGAUCAGGUCAAGUUCGUUGUAAUGCUGUGAAUCAGGGUGGAAUUUUGUUUUUAUUCGUCAAAUCACCGGACAACGGAUAUUGAUCUACGCUUAAUUCACACACCGAUUGCAUUGCGUCUCAAAAAUUCCCACACACAAACAAAAUCAUUAAUCAAUACACACGUCCGUAUUUAACUGCGGUUUUACUUCUUCUUCUCGAAAAGCUAUUUUAUUGAUCUUGUCUGUGGCUGGUGCUCUAGCUGAUGGGAUUUUUUUUUCUUCUUCUUCCACUGUUCGAAUUAUGUGUUUCUUGAUUUUUGUUUUCGAGUGUGAGCGUGUACGGCGUUGUGUGUUUAACACUAACAACGUAUUUACCUCUCUCGUAUCACUGUCGUGUGUGAGAAAGACGUAUACUUGUUUUUUUUCUCUGUUGUUUUUUUUCCACUUCGGUUGACUUCAAGUUGAAGCGGUCAGUCAACAUCGAGAACACAAACCGAUAAGCUGUCUUGUCACUUACUCACUCAACGACAAUUUUUGUGAUUGAGAGGUGAAGCACACAUAAAAUUUAGUUUGCGUCGCAUCAAGUCGCAAAUAAAGUCCAAGAGUGUUAGUUUGUUCAGUCAAAUCAAUUGUAAUUUGGAACCAGUGAUAAUUUAUUAUCACGACGACGUUUUUGUUUCCUCUGCUGUCGAACAAAUGUUCAACAAAUUGGAUAUUUCAACGCAAAACUAGUGAAUAUUGAAAAAGAAAUCUUUCCAACAAAGACUGUGUUCAAAAAAGAAGAAAAAUGAUUAAAACGUCCAUAAUUUUGCUUUUAACGAUUGCAGUAAUUAGCAAAGGUCAACAACAACAACAAAACCUGCAGAAGAAAUUAAAUGAAUUGUACACACCAAACAAAUCGAACAAAGAUGCAAAUGUGCAAGUAGAGCCGCAAGAAAUCAAACCCAGUGAUCCGAUCACAUUUCCGACCAGCGAUGAAGAUGGUCCCAAAUUUCCACCACCGUCGGCACAGGCUGUGAAUGCCAUCCCAGCCAAUCAAAAUGCCAAUUUAAUACAGCAAAAUGUUGAACAGAAUUUGCCAGCGCAUGGUCCACUUGUCAAACUGACACGGCCAACCAGGGUGGCCGUUGCGGCUACCAGUUCGGCGGCCAUCACAAAUCGGUACACCGUUGAUCAGUUGGAUUAUGUGCGAGAUUUUGCAUGGACAAUGUUCCAGGGUUCAAAGUUGCCAUCAUCAAUUGGAAAUCUGGUGUUGUCUCCAAUCCAGCCACAAUUACAGUUAUCGCUACUCAGAACGGGUGCGGCUGACCUUACGCAGGAAGAGAUUGCUCAUGCCAUUCGUGAAGUGAAUCCCGGCGUGACCAGAGAUUUAAUUGGCCAAUUGAAACUGGUAAACAGUGUUUCUACGAAUUUGGGUGUCGCCAGCGCUAUGUUUACUAAGAACAGUCUCAAAUUGAACAAUUCAUUCAUCCAAGCAGCUCACGAUCGUGAUGUGAACAUUGUGCCGGUUAAUUUUGAGUCACAAGAAGAAACCAAAUAUAUCAUCAACAAUUGGGUGGCCAAUGCUACAAAUAACCGUAUCAGAGACUUCUUCAAGCCUGGCGAUGCAAUCAACUCGGGCGCACAAGUGAUUCUAACCAAUUCAAUCUAUUUCAACGGUGAAUGGAAGUAUGGAUUUAACGAAGUAAAAUCGGAACCAUUUUAUACCACUGAAAAACUGUCAAAGAAUGUUCAAAUGAUGAAGAAUCUUGUGUCAUUGCGAACCGGUCACAUCACACUUCGAAACGGAUUCUCCGGCCAAUGGGUCGAAUUGCCUUAUCGUGGCGAUGAAUUUUCAAUGGUUAUUAUCGUUCCGACACAGAGACACUAUUUGGAUGAAUUCAUCCGAUCAAUGCGUACAAAUGAUUUCAGCGACAUAAUAAAGCAACUGUCAAACGGUUUCAAGAAGUUGGUGCAUUUAUCGAUGCCAAAAUUCACCGUCACCUCAUCAUUCUCAUUGGUCAACGUUUUGUUGAAGAUGGGAGUGGUGGAUUUAUUCGCUCAAACCAGCCGUUUGCCAUACGUAACCGACAACGGUAGUCCAUUGCGUGUGCAGGACAUAAUACAAAAUGGUUUUCUCUGUGUCGAUGAAAAAGGAACGAUUGCUGCUGUCGCAACCAUUUCGCAUGUGGUCACAUUGAGUCUGAAUAGCGCCCCCGAAGAAGUGUUCUUCAACGUUGAUCAACCAUUCUUGUCAAUUAUCGUCGAUAAACGCAACCAAGUUCCAGUUUUCAUUUCAAAAAUAUUCGAUCCAUAAAUAAUAACCAAACGCUAUGACGUUUGACAAAUAAAUAGCCAGACUAAUCCAUGGAAAUCCCUUCGAAUAAUGUAAAAUAUCUUUGUGUGGAAGAGAGAGAGAGAGAGAGAACCAACAAUCUUAUGACGAAAUCAUGAACUUGAUUGACAUUUUUUUUAUAAUGAAAUAAAACAUUUAUUCGAAAUACUCAGCA